UCGCUGGAGCAGGAAAGAGCAACAAGAAAAGCCUGUGCUUCGUAUGUUUUUAGUUCCUGCUCUGUUGCUGUGAAACCAAAUGAGACAAUGCUGGAAUAUUCUACUUUAUUUAUUUGAUUUUAUUCUAUUAGUUUAACAUUCAAUGUGAACGGAGGUGAGGUCACCCUGAGUUAUUCGACUACACAGGGUUAAUGACCAUGUUCCCUUCAAAAGUUAAAAACCUGCAGAGGCUGCUACAGUUAAGACACACAUUUUGCUGCUCUCCUUCAUAUGGAAAAGCCUCCUGCUCCAGACUGGUACUGGGCAUUGAGACAAGCUGUGAUGACACUGGAGCUGCUGUGUUGGAUGAGAAAGGUGCAAUACUGGGAGAGUCUCUACACUCACAGAAAGAAGUACAUCUGAGGACUGGUGGCAUCAUCCCCACAGUGGCACAACAACUCCACAGUGAAAACAUAGAGCGUGUGGUCCAGGAGGCUUUGGAGAGAAGCGGUGUGGACCCAAGUCAGCUCUCGGCAGUGGCCACCACGGUGAAGCCGGGCUUGGCCCUGAGCUUGAGCAUCGGUCUUACGUUCAGUCAGAGGUUUGUGAGACAGCACAACAAGCCGUUCAUCCCCAUCCACCACAUGGAAGCCCACGCCCUGACCGCCAGGAUGCUUCACCCCAUCGCCUUCCCCUUCCUGGUCCUGCUCAUCUCUGGUGGUCACUCACUUCUUGCUGUGGCCCGAGGAGUCGAUGACUUUCUGCUUCUGGGUCACUCUCUGGAUGAAUCUCCAGGGGACAUACUGGAUAAAGUGGCAAGACGUUUGUCCCUCACAAAACACCCACAGUGCUCCACACUAAGCGGAGGACAAGCUAUAGAGCUUCUGGCAAAGAGCGGUGACAGGAUGAGGUUCCGUUUCACGACGCCUAUGGGACAAACUCACGACUGUUGCUUUUCUUUCGCUGGACUACGGAAUCAAGUUACAAUGAUGAUAAAGAAAAAAGAGGCAGAGGAAGGUAUAGAACAGGGGACAUUACUGUCAUGUGUGAAUGACAUUGCGGCUGCCACACAGCACACUGUAGCCACUCAUCUUGCAAAGCGCACACAUCGCGCCAUCUUGUUCUGUCAGGCAAACGGCCUGCUGCCAGCAAGCAGUCCCACCUUGGUGCUGUCAGGAGGAGUUGCGAGCAACCAGUACAUCCGAAAGGCUUUGACCGUUAUCACUGAGACGACAGGGCUACACCUCCUCUGUCCUCCAGCCAAAUUCUGCACUGACAACGGAGUGAUGAUUGCAUGGAACGGAGUUGAGCGCCUGAGAGAAGGGAAAGGGAUACUGCCUCCAAAUGUAGACGUCUUCUAUGAGCCAAAGGCACCGCUGGGUGUGGACAUGACAGCGGAGGUGAAGGCCGCAGGGAUCAGGUUACCAUCAGUCAGGAUCAGGAUCCCCAACUGACAGACUUUUACUUUUAUCAUGUGC